ACGUAAAUAAGAAAUAUAAUAAGUUUUUUUUACCUAUAUUCACUUCUUUUAAUUUAAAUGGCUUCCACCAAAUGACGUCGGUAAUUUUGCCAACGUCGUGGUUUGGGAGACAGUGGUGUGGUUUACGGUUUUCUUGACUGUUUUCGUAGAAAGGACUGUUUCGGUUGAUAUAUUCACUUAUAAAUUCUCCAUCCUUUAAUAUGCAAGGGUUAUUAAUUUCGCCUAUUUAUUGUCUCCAUUCAAUGUUCGCUCUCCAAAUAUUUAAAUAAUUCAUACUUGUCGUACAUCUAUAAUACAAAAAAUGUUAAACUGAGUAAGAUAUUUAAAGUAUUUUCACAUGUCCACGACUGUUGCACGAUUUUAACACUUUGUAUCAUAUCCGAGUUUUUGUAUACAAAAACCUCUAUUUUACUAAAUAAAUUCCAAUAUUGAAGCGCCAUUCAUAUUUGCCACUUGUUAAAAUGAUAAUAAUGCUAUGUAAUAUAGUCGUAGAUACUCAAAUAUCCACUUAAAAACAGAAAACAAUUCAGUAAAAGUUACUCGUAUAGUAACUUUUUCAAGAUUGCCUUAUUUGACAUAACAGCCGUGCAAUAAUCGUUAAGACGCUGUCAAAUGCGACGUCAUGGUACGAAUUGUUUCAAAAUGUUCAUACAAAAAAAAGGUGAACGGUUUACGAAAACAAUCCUGUAGCAGGCCUGCUAUAAGGAGCUGCUGCGUAGUUAGCCUCUAGAUGUAGUUUAUACUGUACUUAUCCCGACCAAUCUUAUUAAUUAGUUAGUAAUAAAUUAUUAUUGCGUUCUUGCGUGAAACGGAAUGUCUAAAUAUACCCUUCUCGUCAGUGGAAAACGCUUCAAUAGCAUUUGAUGUUUUAAAUGUAGACAGAGAAUUAAAAUGCAGUGGAGUGCACAGAGAAAUGUCUAGAGAUGGAAUUAACCUUAUUGUGAAAUUUAAUGGUGGUGAUUUGAAGAAAAUUAGAGUUGCUGUAAAUUCUUUCCUCAACAAUGUUUUACUAGUCGUAAAAACUGUGAAAUUGUUUCAAUCCGUUUGAGAUAAUUUAUAUAUGUAACAAUCAUGCCGGAACAAACACCUGCACCUACACCAGCUAGAUCACUGUAUGGAUUUUUUAUGUAUGUGUUCAGUAAUACUAUGUUAGUAAUAUACUUAAUUUGGGCUUUUAUACCUGAUCAUUAUUUACAUUACUUAAAUAUAUAUUAUUAUCCAGUAAAAUAUUGGUCUAUUGCUGUGCCUAUUCAAUGUUUAGUGGCACUGACUUUGUUUGUAUUUCUUAUAUAUCCUAGCUUGACUAUGAUAUUGACUUUAAAUAUUGACAGUCAGAAUACUAUUAGAGAUCCAUUUUCUCAUUACAGUAAUAAAACAAUUAAAAAUAAUUACAAAAUUGACAAUUUUUGUACAUGUGUUGAUGAAAAGAAAUGUUUAAAAAGUAAUUAUACUUCAAUUCCUAAAGAUUACAAUGAGAACACAGUUCCAGAAUUACAUGAUUUAAACAUUUCGUAUGUUUGUAAAAAAAUAUAUGUGAUUAAAGAAGACAAUUUUAAAGAUUGA